AUGUAGGUAGAAGUUAAUUUGAAGUUUAAUAAAAAAUAUUAACAAAACCUUAUUUAUUAAAUGAUCAGAAGUAUAAGAUAUCAGUUCAAUUUAAAAAUUUAUUAUGCAAAAUGGUCUAUAAAGAUUAAAAUUUAGUAUUUAUGGAAAUUAUAUCAAUAGAGAAUAAGUGCUUAAGAAGCCUUAAUGGAUUCUAUAUUUGAUUUGUGUAAAUAUAAUCCAAAAUAUCUAAAUAUUAUGGAAAUAGAAUAAGAAAAAUUUUAAAUUUUAAGAAAAUAGAGAAUUAUUAGAAUAGACUAAAUUAAAAUAAGAUGAAGAUACUAAGAUAUAAAAAGAAUUAGAAUAGAGAUAAAAAAAAGAAGAAUAAGAGGAACAGAAACUAUUAUAAGAGGAACAGAAAAUAUUAUAAGAGAAGAUAAAACAAGAAAAGAAUCUAUUUAUUCAAGAAGGAAUAAACAGUAUUAAAGAAGAAAUUCUUGAUAAAGUUGCUGGAAUUAUUCUAAUGGUAUAAUUAACAGAUUAUUUAAAUGAUACUAUUUAACAAUUAUGUAGAUUUGAAAUUCUUUAUAUUUUGAAAUAAGCUACAAUUCUAAUUUAAUAAUUAAAAGAUCGACUUGAAUAAAAGGCUAUUUUAGGGAUGCAUGAUCAUAUUAAAAUUAAAUUUGAUAUUGAAAUAUGGAUGGAUUUUUAUGAAGAUAGAACGUAAUAAUCUUAUUAAUAAUAGUGUCUAUUAAUUAAUUGUUGAAAUUGAAAGUAAAGAAAAUUAAAUUAAAAAAAAAUAUAUAGAUUAUCUAAACUUAUUUAAUAAUUAUACAUAUCAAAACUUUCCAAAUAAUUAGUAUUAAUUAGAAGUAAUUGCUAAUCUAAAUCUGAGCAAACUCAUUGAUAUUCAACUCUAUUAAGAUUAAUUAUUCAUAAAAAUAUAGUAUCUAAGAUAGGAUUCUUUGAAGACCUAAAAUGAGGCUACUAAACAUUAAAUAUAAAAGUGCAUAUUGUGUAUGUAGUUUACGAAUAUUAGAAACUUUGUUUCAGGUUAGUUGUUGAAUAUCUAAAAAUUUAUAUAAGCAAUAAUAAAUGAAGAUUUAGAAGAAAUGAAAUCCUCUUUAUUUAAAAAAUGA